GAGACAAGAAAGAGAACCACCUUCAAGCGCCGACUCGCUGAGCCGACUCAGAGCGAUUUCAUUUCCGCUUGACUCUUCCCUGCUGAGUCCCUUUCGACUCGUUCACGCCACCAUAUCUCUCCACUGUGAUGUUUCUCCGUUUCUUCUAGCUCAUUGACCCAUAUAUCGUUCUCUUGCAUCUUCUCAGAUCCCGUUGAAUCCGAUUGUAAUCUGCUGUGAUCUGGGUUUUAACCGUCGCUUGUCGGGUAUAGGACAGUUCGGUUUGUAGCAAAGUCUGAUUCUUUGAAGCAGAAUCCAUUUUUAGAUUUUGGAUUUGGUUCAUUUUCGGCUCUUCCGUUUGAUGAUCGUUCUUAGGAGUGAAGUGAUAUCUCAUUGAUCCGAUUCUGUCUGAGAGGGAAGAAAAACUCCUUUCCAGCCGCCUUUGCUAUUGCAUUGCAAAGGCACUUAUCCUCUGACUGCAUUUUCAUGUCUCGAAAGUUGGAGAGUCCUGUCCAGACACAAAUGGCCGUGGGACUUUUGAAGAACCCCCUUAGCGGGGAAUUCCACAAGUCUAACAAGAUAGGAGUUAAGACUCCUGUUUGUCAGAGGCGGGUUUUUGUCCAAACCGAGACUGGUUGUGUAAUGGAUUUAGAGUUGGAUUGUAAUGAUAAUGCACACACUGUGAAACGAAAGUUGCAGGUUGCACUUCAUUUCCCCACAGACGAAAGCUCACUUACCUUUGGGGAUAUGGUGCUUAAAAAUGAUCUUACGACUUUGAGGAACGAUUCCCCCCUUCUUCUAACUCGGAGCAUCUUUCACAGGAGUUCAUCCACUCCAUGUCUCUCCCCAUUGGGGGUGGAUGUUCAGCAGAGAGAUCAGAGCAAUCCUAUUGAAAUACUGGGCUACUCUGAUAGAUUUUAUGUUGUGAAGCAAAUGGUGAAGGAUAUUACAAAGGCAAUGAAGAGAGGCAUUGUUCCACUUCCAGCAAAUGGUGGGCUUGGAGGGGCUUACUACUUUAGGAAUGUCAGGGGUGAGAGCGUUGCAAUUGUUAAACCAACUGAUGAGGAGCCUUUUGCUCCAAACAACCCGAAAGGCUUUGUCGGGAGGGAGCUUGGGCAACCUGGUUUGAAGCGUUCAGUACGGAUUGGGGAAACAGGGUAUCGAGAAGUUGCAGCUUAUCUCCUUGACAGGGAUAGUUUUGCAAGUGUUCCUCCAACUGCCCUUGUGAAGAUCACUCACUCGAUCUUCAAUGUCAAUGAUGGGGUGAAUGGGAACAAGUCUGGUAAGAAGAAGCUGAUCAGCAAGAUUGCUUCCUUACAGCAGUUCGUACCUCAUGAUUUUGAUGCUAGUGACCAUGGCACGUCCAGCUUCCCUGUUUCUGCUGUGCACCAUAUUGGAAUUCUAGACAUCAGAAUCUUCAACACGGACAGGCAUGCAGGGAACCUUCUGGUUAGGAAGCUGGAUGGAAUUGGAAGGUUUGGUCAAGUGGAGCUUAUCCCAAUUGACCAUGGUCUUUGCUUGCCUGAAACUCUGGAGGACCCUUACUUCGAGUGGAUUCAUUGGCCACAAGCUUCGAUCCCAUUCUCGGAGGAUGAACUUGAGUACAUAGCAGAUCUUGAUCCUUUUGGAGAUUGUGAGAUGCUGAGAAGGGAACUCCCCAUGGUACGAGAGGCUUGUCUCUGCAUUCUAGUUCUCUGCACAAUUUUCCUCAAGGAAGCUGCUGCUCACGGUCUCUGUCUCGCUGAGAUCGGUGAGAUGAUGACUAGAGAGUCUCGUCCUGGAGAAGAGGAGCCUAGUGAACUCGAAGUGAUUUGUCUGGAGGCCAGGAGAUUGAUAGGGGAAAGGGAAGCAGUUUCUCCAAGGUCAGAUUUAAGUGGUGACCCCGAAUUCCAAUUCCAUAUAGAUUGCGAGGAAUCAAUACUGGGCUCGGAUCUCAUGACAAAACUGCCGUCGCUGCAUGGAUUCACCUUCGGGAAUGGUCAUCUUCCACUGUCAAAACUGGAAGAAACUAUCGAGGAGGAAGUGGAAGAAGAUGGAGAAUAUAGCGAAGGAGGUCCAGACCAUGGAGUGUCUAUUGCUCCUUCCGCUGGUCAGAAGAGAAUUCCGACAAUCUCCAAGCUUUCCAUGUCUCUGAAAAGCACAGUUCUCAGUGACAAGUAUCAGAUGUACCCGAAAUACCCGGGAGCUCGAGCAGAGAGUGCGAAUGAGCAGCUUCCAACCAGCACGAGCUUUGUGAAGAUAUCGGACAUGAAUGAAGAGGAGUGGCCGAUGUUUCUGGAGAAGUUUCAGGAGCUGCUUUACCCGGCUUUCGCCAAACGCAAAUCCUUCACGCAGAAGCAGAAGCAGAGGCUGGGCACUUCCUGCCAGUUCUGAGAGAUCUCGAAACUUGAAAGAGAGAGUAAGGUUUAUAUGAAUGAAUUUAAAACGGGUUUUUCUUCGGAAUGGAGAGGAUUUACAGGGAUUCACAAGGUAAGAUUUGAAGGGUUUGUCUUUGUAGUAGGGUUCAAGGCUUUAAGCUGAAGCAGCUUUAGUGUACAUAUUCUUUGGUCUCAGCUAAAUAUUUACCAUAGCUGAAGAGAAAUUGUUUUCUUCUUUUUCUCCUAGUUUCUUUUUGGUGGCAUCUUGUUUGUAAAGAAUGCUGCCUCGUUUCUUGCAAGUUAAUUUCAUGUCUGAUGUAAUAUAGGAAUUGAAUUUAUAAAUUGAGUUUUUAAGAUGAUGUAA